CGCGCAGUCAAACGUUCUUGCGCAACGACCACCCCCCCCCCUCCGAUCCGCCACGAGCUCGUUACACGCUGUGAAGACACUUUGACCGACCGACACGCGUACCGCGGUUUCAAAAGGCGACUGAAGAAGCGCGGUCACGGUACUCACUACAUCGUCUAGACAAGAUUGACAAGAGUCUUGCCAUAAGACCCUAAAUAUGACGGACUCUUUCAUUUGAGUAACAUCAUUAUGCCGCCCGCGUUUUUGAACGCAGCCCUUGCAGACUGCACGCCGUCUUCCUCUCAUCCGACCUCAUCGUCGACAGCUCCGGUUGUUAGUCCACUUCUAAGAGUUUUUGGACGGCAGCGGAAUCACGACGACGCGAAGAUCUGUUCUUGGCUCGCAGGCGUUGAGAACGACUUGGACGUCGCUCCCGUAUUAGGGAGCGGACAGCGUUCACGCGUGACCAGUCUUGACGCUGGCACCCUUAACAUGUCGUCCAACGCCCGAGCCCCGGGGAGAGACGCGACAGAAACAGACAUCCGAUCUGUGUCCGGCCGGUCAGGACACGCCGCUCCUUCAAGCACCUCGAAAUCUGGCUCAUCGUCAGCAAUGUCUUGCGUUGGAACCAGCGCACAGGCGGAAACCCCGUUCCUCUCAUCCUCCACCGUCAUGACCACACCGUGUUCUACCGAAACAGAACUGCAGUCCAUCGCUACCAGCCAGGUACCUCUACCGUCCAACAGCCCUAGUGAGCCAGACUCUGGAUGCCAUGUCCGGGACGAUGGCCGCCCCUCCGUACACUGCGAUUAUCCCGAACCGUCUAGAGCCGGAAGCAUGUCUUCCAAUUCCACUCGAAGUAGCGGACCCGAUCGACUUACGCCCUCCCCCGUGACCACAUCUUCAUCUUCCUCCCGACCACACCCAAUCGGUCUCAGUGCAGUUCCCGUGGACCUACAACUCCCCCGACUAGCUGGUCGGCCCGUUCCACAACCGCGCCGCGCUCUGGGAUGGUCCCCAGUACAGCCACGUCUGUGCGCAAUUCGUCAGCAGGCAUCGCUAGCCCUGUUGCUACCAACGCCAGGAGACAGUCAACAGUUUCUGCCAUCGUCGAUCGUAACCACACCGUCUGCCAUCGACCCACGUACCCCGACGCCAGGGCCCUAGAAUCACAAAAUAGAGACCCGACGGGGUCAGGUGUGAACCUGUUUGACGACAUUGUCACCUUGCUCCAACCGUCCGCGUCUCUUCACGCGCCCGCUCUUGGCUUCCAUCGCUUGGCCCGAGAUAGACCUCGGAGACCUCUUGUUCUCGUCGGGAAUGGCCGUCCGUUGGGCAGCUCUACCGGUCAAGGCGAUGUCUUCACCGAGAUGCUUCGUCUGACACGUUGAGCUGCAGGAAUAGAACUGAGUGGAAUGAUUCGGGAGUGAACCGUAUUAGUAGGCUUAGAUUGUAUGACCCCUUGUGCUUGUAUUGACAGACUUGUACUUGUCAUCGCCGUUUGAAUCGCAUUUGGGGCUUCGCAGCAGUAAAUCUGCUAUUGUUCACUACUUCAUCAGUGUGCG